AUGACUGAAGUCACUCAGAACUUGGAAGAGUUUAACAACCUCAAGAAUGGAGUGGAACUUCAGAAGGCGCAGCACAUUAAUGCCGAGGCCACCGCCGAUCUGCGCCGACAAUUGAAUCGGAGUGAAAGUGCCUCGAGCAAAGAAGGAAGUACUAAAGGAGAAUACACAGAUCUGUAUCCUCAUACUUUAGAUGCUACUGUAAGUAAUUAUAAUUAGAAUUUUAACUUCUGAGUUUAGGGAAGAGACGCCAAGAUCUACAUACACGAAGGCGAAGUCUACGAUGGAAUCGUGGAAAAUAUUUCUCCAUCUGUAAGGAAUUAAAUUUAUAAAUUUUUAAGUAAUUUUGCAAACUUCAAUUAAAAUUUUAAAUUUUAAAAAACACAUUUUUAAUAUAUCAUAUUAUAGAUGGCAGUCAAAAUAGCCUACGCGACAAAAGACAACGGAGACACAACUCAACUAGCCAAAGGACAGAACUUAUCAUUGGCUAAUGGAAUAUCAGUAAUCAAGUACAAAGUAGAGAAGCCAAAAAGCUUUCGAACUGACUUGGAUUACAAUAAAGAUGGCAAAAUCAAUGAAACAGAAGAACUCGUGGAAUGGCAGCCUGAUGCUGACAUCGAGGCUUCUGAAGAUGCUGAACAUAACAGUCGAGGCUGGUCGGUCGAUGAAAUGUUCAGGGCUAAUGUUCGUCUUGGAGUAAAGUCUACGUUCGAAGGUGUUAAUGAAAAGUACUGUACAGCUGUGCCAGAAGGCGAUGAAGAAGCGAGAAGAAAGGCAGAAGCUAUCGCUAGAGAAAUUGAGGCUAGUUCUGAUACACAACGCCAUUAUAUGCUAGAGAACGAUGACGAAGAGAGAGAUUUGGACAAGGAAACACAAUUCAGAAACAAAAAGAAUCCUGCUAAUGGCUACAACUCUAGUCGUCAGCAGAGAAAUCAAGGCUACGAUAACAACACGAACAAAGGCAGCAAUUAUUCCCAAAGACAAGGACAAAGCUAUGCGAGUGGGCAAAAGUACAGUGCCCCAGGCAGUCGACAGUUCAGCGGCCGAAACACUGGUCGACCGGUCGUAGCUGGUAGUUGGAGACAAGAUCCACCAGCCAAUAAUGAAGAAUAUGCUAAUGUUUCGUCGAACGGCCCACGAGAUAUUUAUGCUAAACCGUUCGUACCACGAGGUGAAAUAGUAAGUACCUCAGAACAACAUCCUACUGUAGAAGUGCAGCCAAUUCCAAAAUCGCCUGUUCAAGUAAAACCUGAGUCGAUAUCAUCAAGUACUGCUCCAUCCCCAGCUGUUUCUACUGCUGAUCAAGAAGAAAAGUAGGUUAUAGUGGUAUUAACAGCAACUUUUUACAAAAAACCAAUAAAGCUAAAGCUUUAUGUUGUUAUGACAAGACUUUUAUAAUCAAAGUUUAAAUUUAAAGAUUCUUGUAUAACAUAAUAUUACCAUGUUUCAGAAAAGAAAAGAAGAAAUUCUCGUUCAAUCCGAACGCAAAAGAGUUUGUUCCCCAAUUAAAACCUCCAGCAGUUACAACGCCUGUUGGAUACGUACAACCAAUGCAGCAGAUUCCUCGACAACCUCUAAUCGGAACAUCUGUACAACAGUCACAAUAUCAACAGAUAAACCCGAAUCACUACGUCAAUGUCCAACCGACGGUCAUUCCGAUGCAGCAACAAGUGAUUCCACUACAACAAUCUCAAUUGAUGAUGCAGCAUCAAGGACAGUACAUCCCACAUCAACCCCCUCCCCAGCCACAACUCAUACAAACCUCCCUUAUACAACAACAUCCACAACAACAGCAAUUCCAGCUGCAGCAGCAACAAAUCCCACUAAUGCAUCAUCAGCAAGGGAGGAUUCAGGUGGCUCACAGUGUAGCACCGGGUAUUGAUCUGCAGCAGAACGCGCAUUUACAGUCCCAGCUUGGUGGACAACAAAUGUACAUUUCACAGCCACAACUCGUGCCUGGAGUUCAACCUUAUCAACCGGUAAGAAAAUUAUAUAUUUAAGAAACAUUAGAUAGUACUGUAAAGUAUAACAUAACGAACAUUUUUAUAUAAAAAUUUAUAUAUGACUACCCGUAUAUGUACGUCAAGUAACAUAAUAAAGUUUCAGUCUCUGAAACUUGCAAAUAUUGUAUGCCUACCUUAGCAUAGCUAUCUUAAAACUUAAUAUAUUAUACAUAUUAGCUAAUAACCCAUUCUUCAGGCAAUUCCACCACCAGCAGUGCCGCAGUCAAUGUACAAUCCCAAUGGCAUGGUAUACACAUAUACACCUGGCACCAACUAA